UGUGAAAUUCUGAGCUGAGAUGUAUAAAAGUCUCUUACAGCACUUCUAUAACUGGUUCUUUUAGAGGAUAAAUAUCUUUGCAGAAGGUUUUUGGAGAAUCACCUUCUCUUCUGAGCCAUGGUGUUAUGAAAAGGAGAAGAGCAACACCUGACAGGGCUCUUAGCUUCUGAUCCCUCCCAGCUGAGUGAAGAUGACCUCCCCAGUGACUUGCAGUCCUUGUCGUGGCUGACAUCUGUUGAUGUUCCUCGGUUACAACAGAUGGCCAGUGGAAGAAUGGAUUUUGGCCUUGGUGCCCAGAAUGCAAUGUUACAACAGACAGGUCCUGUGGCAAGCAACAUGCACUCCACAGGAGCACCUGGAGCAAUGAUUCAUGUCCAGGCCAGCAUGCCACAAGGAGUCCUGGGACUGAAUUCUAUUUCAUCACAUGGAGCCAAUAUGAGCCAGUACUCUGUAGGUGGGCAGCCCUCUCCUGGUUUACAGACACAGCAGCAGCUCUUCCCUCCUCAUCCACAGCAAGUGUUUGCCAUAGCCCAGAAUACACAGCAGUGUAACCCAGCAGCAAUCUACAACACAUCCUAUGGCACCCAGCCACAUUACCCUCAGCCACGCCUGGCUCCUCACUCUGCCCAAGAACUGCAUCCAAAACAUUACCCCAAGCCCAUCUAUUCAUACAGUUGCUUAAUUGCAAUGGCAUUGAAGAACAGCAAAACGGGCAGUCUCCCUGUGAGUGAGAUCUACAGCUUCAUGAAGGAACACUUUCCCUACUUCAAGACAGCCCCCGAUGGCUGGAAAAACUCCGUGCGUCAUAACCUGUCCCUGAAUAAGUGUUUUGAGAAGGUGGAGAACAAAAUGAGUGGCACCUCGCGCAAGGGAUGUCUGUGGGCUCUCAAUCCUGCCAAGAUUGACAAAAUGGAAGAGGAGAUGCAGAAGUGGAAGCGGAAGGACUUAGCUGCUAUUCACAGGAGCAUGGCUAACCCAGAGGAGCUGGACAAGCUGAUUACUGACAGACCUGAGAACUGCAGGCGGUCCAGUAAGCAGGCAGAACCUGAGAUCUCUACCCUGACCCACAUGGCAGCAGCCCAAGGCCGAAUCUCCAUCUCCCAGCUGCAGCCCCAACCGAUCAUGACGCUCUCUCUGCAGUCUGUCCCUCUGCAUCACCAGAUCCAGACCCAGGCUCGCAUCGCGCCGGACUCCCCAGCACCUGCACAGACUCCUCCUCUCCACACUCUGCCUGACAUCAGCCACAGCCCUCUGCCCCACCACCCCAUGGGCCGUGCCCCUCCCGACUUCCUGAACAUGACCACAGACAUGAACACGGAGGUGGAUGCUCUGGACCCAAGCAUUAUGGAUUUUGCAUUGCAAGGUAACAUAUGGGAGGAAAUGAAAGAUGACAGCUUCAGCCUUGACACACUGGGUGCCUUCAGCAACUCUCCCCUGCACCUCUCAGACUGUGACCUGGGCACUCCUGGCCUCACCCCCAUCUCCAGUGGCAGCGAUCACUCCUUGUCAGACUUUCAGGUCACAGGCCUUUAUACCACUUACACCUCCGUGGACAACGUAGCAGCAGCUCAGUACAUGAACCCUCAAGGCAACAAGCCCAUCGCCCUGCUCUAAAUGUUGCACCAUUCCAUGGACCUUGAAUUCAGGGGCCAGUUUCUCCCAACCCUUAAAAUCCAACCUGAAAGCAAUAAACGGCUCCUCCUGCAGACGCUUGGAAAGUGUUGGCUGUUUACUGGGACACAGCACGCAAUGCCAAAAUAACUCAAACCAGUACCAGUGGAGUUCUGCUGUACCUUUCAUCCAUGCCAGGACUAAGAUUGGAUGGUUGUGUUGCAGGGCUGGUGAGCUCUUAAGGACUUGGAAGGCAUCAGUCAGCAGGAACUUCUACUAGAAUGGAGCUGAGCUGAAAACUAGUCCAGUUAAGGAGAACAUGUUUGCUUGACGUUCUAAUCUAAACUUACUUGAUGUUGUUCUGUUGUCACACACACAGAGGCCAACACAACUCAGUGGCUGGAUCAGCACCAAGUUCACAUCCAAAAGGGUUGAUCUGGUACCACCUUCAUCUUUCUUCUCAUGUUGCCAAAUGACUGUUGCCUUGAACAAAGAUCACACGUAGGCUUUGGAGGCAUUUGCACCUCUAACACUUUUCUGAUGUAACUGUUGCUAACUUAUUGUUACGAGCUGGGGGAAAAAAAAGGAGCAAAAAGAUUAUUAAUGAGAAAUCCAUAGCAGACAACUGCUGUGUCUAGGGCUUAAAACAAAGCCCUUACCCAGGAAGGAACCGGUACUACUGAAUGAUGAAGCUGAUCACUGGCUAGAAGCUUUUAGGAAUUAUGCCUAUUUUUAGGACUUGUUUUAAAAAAGAUUAGAUUUGCCUUUUUUAUAGUACUGUGCAUUGUGCUUCUGUCCAUUUUUGUGCUAGGCAGUAUUACUAUUUGUAAAUUUAUUUAUAUUUAUUGUUAUGAAGAGAAACUAUGUAAACUGAGCACUGUUCAAAUUCUUUUAAAUGCUGCAGUAACCUGUUUUACAUCAACUAAGUUAUUCACCUUCAAAAACACCACUUCAGUCACUGUUACACUACAUUUCUCUUAAAUAAGCACUUUCAAUACUGUGAAACUCAUUGUUUGUUUUCUUUUCUUAAAUUCAGAGACCAAAUAUCCUAACUGUACCAUUCCAAUUCGCCUUCCCAUUCUGAUUAGCCCAAGUAAAAUUGUUCCUGAUUUAGAUUUUCAGGUUUACAUACUCCACUUUAUACUUGGUGUCGCACGAUGCAAAGAAAAGAAAUUGUAUGAAACAUCCAACAGCUAAAAAAAAAACAACCCUGAAAACGACGUUGAAAUUUAGCCUUUAGUCCACUUCUAGCUCUGUGACCUCGCAGUCGUAUUUGUGUCUCAUGUGUUGUCUGUUCCAUUCAGGGCUCUGGCAGUCCCAGUCCUCGUACCUGCAGUGCAUGGGGCCAGGGCUGCUCACAGCACGCAGCCUCUCCAGCCUCCAUCCAGGCACAAAGCAGCACUGCAGCACCCAGCUGUGCCACCGCAGGGCAGCCAGAUGCUGAAGCAGCCCCACCAAGCCAGCGCAGGUACCUUGUGCUGAAAGACACUGCUGGGAGAGUCAGGGGCUGGAAAAUGUGCAUACCUGUACCUUUCUAAGUGCGUGCAUCCAUGUCAGUCUCUUCCAGAAGACCGUGGUUGUCCAGGUCGUAGUUUAUUGUCCAAGAACAAAUGUGAUUACUGAUCAUUUGCUGUGUCAUCUAUGCUGUUUUCAUCUUUUAAAAAAUAAAUAUU